AUGGAAUCUUUAACUAGUGAAUGGGAAACUUUUCUACCAGUUAACCAAGUUUUUAAUGAUUUUGUUUUAAAGAAAAAAAAAAGUAAGAUAUCAAAUAUGUUUGAAUCUCAAAAAUUGAAUGUUAAAAAAAAGAAAACAAUCAAAGAUAAAAUCAUGAAUAAUAAUGGUUUUCAUGAAGAUAGUGAUCAUUUUAAAAAUUCUUCUUUUUUGAUCAGUAAAGCUGAUGGUAAUAUAAAUUAUUGUAAUGAUUCAAUAAACAGUAAUUUUAAUACUUCAUCAGCUAAAAGAAAAACACUAAAAAGAAAAGAGUAUCCUGGAGAAUCAAAGAAAAAGUUUGUUAAAGCUCAAGAAAAUAGUAUCAUUAAAAUCGAGCAAGAAUCUUUAAAUAUUAUUAAUGAUAGUAUAGUUUCAAAUUUUAUGUCCAUUCAAGAUAUGUUAGAGAUAAUGGAUCAAGAUAAAAUUUAUUCUUUUCGGAAACUUUUUCCUCCUAAUAUUAUAAAAAUUGCUGAAGGAUCUUUUGGUGAGGUAUACUCUGGAAAAAAUUUAAAUGAUUUAGAUAUCAUUUUCAAGAUUUCACCAUUUGAACCUGAUGAAAAGGCUAAAACGAUUGUUAAUGGAGGUCCUUUAAAUGGUUGUUGGGAAUUGAUUGUUGAAUAUGUUAUUACACAUGAAUUAUCGAAAUUGAAGGAAAAAUCAGAUUUUCAUUGUGACAAUUUUGUUAAAAUGCAUAAGGGUUAUAUUAUUAAUGGAACAUAUCCUAAAAUUUUACUAGAUGCUUGGAAAGCAUAUAAAAAAAAUAAUGAGGUAUUUAAUGAAAACCCAUGUGAAUAUAAGAAUAAAGUUAAAAAUUUUAUGGUUCUUGAGCUAGAAAAUGGAGGGACUGAAUUAGAAAAAUAUGAAUUAACAACAUUUCAAGCUUACUCAGUAGUAUUUCAAUUAAUUCAUAGUAUGAGAAUUGCUGAAUAUUUAUUUAAUUUUGAACACAGAGAUCUUCAUGAAUCAAAUAUUUUAAUUCAAAAUAUUGAUAACAAUAUGGAUGUAGAAUAUAUAUUUAAUUCAGUUAAGUAUAAAUUAAAAUCUUUUGGUGUAAAAAUUAAAAUAAUUGACUAUACGUUUUCAAAAAUUACUCUAAAUGAUAGAAAUUAUUUUUUAAAUCUUGAAGAAUUUAAAGAACUUUUUGAGAUUAAUUCUGACUCAAAACCUUUCCAAAAAAUUUAUCCUAAAAUGAGAAAAGUAACAAAUGGAGAUUGGUCAAAAUAUUAUCCUAAAAAUAAUUUGUUAUGGAUUAUUCAUCACAUCAAAAGAUUCUUUUCACUUAAUUUGAUAAAAGAUGAAAAAUUUGUAAAAUAUUUUUCAACAAAGGUUUCUAAAAUGGAGUGUCUGGAAGAGCUUGUUCAAGAUAAAACAUUUAUUCGGUUUCAAAAAAAGUUUAUUUAUUUAUAA